AUGUUUAAACUAGGUUUGAAUAAGUCUGCUAAUUUCAUGCUACUUAAAAACACAGCUGCUUCUAAGAGUCUGUUUUUGAAUAGAUCAAUUGUAAACAAGAGACUGUUUUCGAUUUCGAAAUCAGCAAGAAACAAAAUCACAACUCAAGCUGAAGAUACUUUAUUAUCAAAACAAAGAGGCAAUAGACCUAUUUCACCACAUCUGACGAUUUACCAACCUCAGUUGACUUGGUACUUAUCUUCUUUACAUCGUCUAACCGCUGUUUUCUUAGGGGCAACCUUCUAUGUGGUUACUAUUUCAUUUGGUUUGUCUGCUUUGUUAGGUUUAGGUUUAACUGCUGACAAUUUAUCGAAUUGGUACCAUAACAAGUUUUCCCCGACUUCACAGUCUGUGAUCAAGGCUCUAUAUAGUUACAUGUUUGCAUUGCAAUUCACAUUAUCUGUUAGACAUUUCGUUUGGGACAUGGGUAAAGAAUUGAGCUUGAAAGGUGUUUACAGAACAGGUUACGGCGCCCUAGCCCUUUCUGCCGUACUAGGUACUUACCUAUGGUGGUAA